UUUCAAAAAUGGCGGACAGGCUGUCGAGUAGCAGUAGGUUGUUGUUGUUUCUUGCCGCUAUGUUUGCGGCCCUAGUUUUAACAGACGGUAUUUCAUGGCCAGUUCCAUACAAGAGAUACAAUGGACGCCCAAAGACUGACCCCUACUGUCAGGCACUCUUCCCAUUCUGUCCCACUGGGCGUGGGAAUGGUUCUAUGCCAAAGAUGCAGUCAUCAGACAUUAUAGAAAUAUAUGCUCUGAAAGCACCAGUGUUUGAGUUUAAAUUUGGAGAUCUACUUGGCAAAUUUAACAUAAUCCACGAUGCCCUUGGGUUCAAGAAUACCAGGACUGGCCUGAACUAUACCAUGGAAUGGUAUGAGCUGUUUGAGCUGUUUAACUGCACCUUUCCUCAUGUCUUUCAAAAUGAUACCAUGCUGUGGUGUAACCAGGGUGCAGCAUGUAUUUAUAAUGGAAUUGAUGACAUCCACUGGUCUCAGAAUGGAACUCUGGUGAAAAUUGGAGAAAUGACAGGUGACCAGUUUUCUCAUUUUUCGACAUGGGCAUUGGGGGACAAUACAUCAUCCAUCUACUAUGAAACAUGGACUGUUGAACAAGAGCCAGGUGGCAAGAUGUGGUUUGAGCCCCAUGACUGUGCCACCUGGGUCAAAGAUGCCAUAGUGGUCCUGGGCAAAGUGGGGGCAAAGUUCAACACCAGCAUUCAUCUCAACUACACCAAGAUCCACCUGUACAGUGAUGAACCACAGUACCUGGGAAACUAUUCCUCUAUCUUCGGACCCAAUGGAAACCAGACUUUAGCCAAGGACAUGCUGGCUUUUUUCAAAGAUUUCCAGGCUCAUCAGUCAUUCUUUCACCUUCUACAGAGCAUGUUUGACGCCUUUGACAGAGUUUUUGAGAAGAGGCAGUUUUAUUUGUUUUACAAUUUUGAGUACUGGCUCUUAAAAAUGAAGGCUCCAUUUUUUAAACUGGAUUAUACAUAUGUGCCUCUUCCUGGUCAAAAGAAAUUCCCUUGAGUGUCGAAAAUUUAUGUGCUUGUCCUACAAAGGGGUAUUUGUUAAUAGUAAAAUGCAAUGUUAAACAGCUCUUGAAAGACAGCCCCAGAUUGUAAGGGUAAAUCGAUCUCAGUUGUGAUAUGCAACAAACAGUUCAGGUAUUUCAUACAGACCGAGUGAGUGCAAUGUUCAGGAUUUCAUUCAACAUAGUUUUAAACUACAUACACAUUGAUAGCAUACUUCAUAAUUCACACCUGUAUA